CACAACUCUCUCUCUCUCUCUGCCAAAUCUGUGUUCAAUUUUAACCAACUUAACGUCUAUUGAGAUCGCAUCCUCAAUCCAACAUUCCAACUCAUCACAUCUCAUAAAGCUAAAGCGUUUCACACACAAUCAUCAUCAUCAUCAUCAUCAUCAUCGUCUGGAAUAAUGAAAAAUGCAGCGGCAUUGCUCUUCAGAUCAGAACAUGAUUCGGCCUCCGACUCCACCAGGAUUUUCAUGCCCUCCUCGUCCGAGAUCGAGACAAAGCCUCUCAUUUCGAGAACGCCGAGCUUCACCAAUCAGAAUUCCACUUCCGAUCAGAAGAAGAAGCGGCGCCGGCGCCGCGUCCUCAGCGAGACCUCCGUCGUCACCCUAUCCCUCGGCGGCACCCGCCGCAGGUUCGGGCGGAUGACGAUUGCGCCAUCCGAAACCUUUCUCAUCACUCGCCUCACCUUCAAGCUGUUGGCCCUUCUAGGGGUAGGCUACAGAUGGAUCAUGAGAUUCAUGGCACUUGGUUUCUAUGCUUUUCUGCUCAUGCCUGGUUUUAUUCAAGUCGGAUACUAUUACUUCUACUCGAGUAGGGUACGUAGAAGCAUAGUUUAUGGAGAUCAGCCUAGGAAUAGGCUUGAUCUCUAUUUACCAGAGAACAAAGAUGGGGCGAAGCCAGUUGUUGCCUUUGUAACUGGUGGUGCAUGGAUCAUUGGAUAUAAAGCAUGGGGUUCUCUUCUGGGCCUACAGCUAUCAGAUAGAGGUAUCAUAGUCGCUUGCAUAGAUUACAGGAAUUUUCCUCAAGGAACAAUUGGUGAAAUGGUCCAAGAUGCAGCUCAGGGCAUCUCAUUUGUGUGCAAAAACAUUGCUGACUAUGGAGGCGAUCCCAACAGAAUCUAUAUUAUGGGGCAGUCAGCUGGUGCACACAUUGCUUCUUGUGCUAUAUUACAGCAGGCAAUCAAGGAGGCUGCUGGAGAGACGAUUACUUGGAGCGUAUCUCAAAUAAAAUACUACUUUGGUUUAUCUGGAGGGUAUAAUCUAUUCAAUUUGGUAGACCACUUCAACAGCCGAGGUUUAUACCGCUCACUAUUUCUAGGGAUAAUGGAGGGAGAAGAAUCUCUACAUCAAUAUUCUCCAGAAGUAGUGGUGAAGGAUCCAAACAGGAGGAAUGCAGUUUCUCUGUUACCUCCUAUAAUUCUAUUCCAUGGAACUGCUGACCUCUCAAUCCCCCCUGAGGCCAGUACAAGUUUUGCUGCGGCUCUUCGAGAUGCUGGAGUUCAAUCUGAGGCAAUUCUCUACGAGGAGAAGACACACACAGAUCUGUUUCUUCAGGACCCUAUGAGAGGUGGAAAUGAUGAUCUGUUUGAAGAUUUGAUAAGACUGAUUCACGGCGACGAUGCUGAAGCUCUGGAGAGAGACGUGACAGCACCUCCACGGCGACGCCUAGUGCCUGAAUGUAUGUUGAGAUUAGCCCGGAAAGUCAGUCCUUUUUGAUCAUUUUUAGAGUUCAGUUCAUUUUAAGCAAAGGAUAGCAUUAUUUAAUGCUUUGUUGUUUAUUGCAUAUAGGUUAGUGAUGACCCAUUUCAUUUCUACUAAAUUACUAUAUUAUGGUUUAAUUUA